AUGAAGACUUUUGUCUGUUUAUUGGCGCUGGCGGUCGCCACAUGCGAAGCCGGAUUCGAAUCGGGAUAUGACCAAGGGAACAAUGGUUUGGGAGAUCAUGGAGGUGGAUUCCAUUCUGGAGGAAAUGACUUCUCUGGUGCUCAAAACCAUGACUUUGGUGCAGCACAGGGUGGUCAUGAUUUCUCUGGUCAAGGAGGACAAUUCUUAGGAAGCCAAGGUGGCCAUGAUUUCUCUGGUGGACAAGGAAAUGAUCAUACGAUUGCCCUCGUACAAAGCCAAGACUCCGGCCAUGGUCAACAGAAUUUUGAUUUUGGUGGUCACGAUGGAGGUCAAAGCUUUGGAGGGGAUUCAUAUCUCCAAGCUGUUCAUGAUUUAGGACAGCAGUACGAUGGCGGAGAUGGUGGUCACGGUGCUAUUCAAGAAUUAAAUGGUCAUGGCAAUGGUGGGCAAGAUGGUGGUAGCUUUGGACAUUUUGGAGGUAAUGGUGGUUCAAGUGGAGGGUAUGGUGGUAACGGAGGUUAUGGUGGUAAUGGAGGUCACGGAGACCAACAAGGCUUUGUCCUGCAAGAUGGAGGUCAUGAAUUUGGAGAUCAACACAACUUCGGACAUGCUGAAGCUAUCCCAGUUUCAGAACAUAUUGACGAAGAACAUCCUGUAGAAGUACCUCUGUACAAGCACGUUACCGUGCCCAUCCACAAACCUCUUCACAUUAAUGUACCUAAACCCAUCCUGAUUGGAAUCCCACAGCCUUAUCCCGUAAAAGUCCCUGUCCACAAACCUGUUGCUGUUCCUGUGGAAACUGAAAUCUCCAUUCCAAUUGAAAAAGUCGUGCCUUACCCAGUUGUCAAACACGUGCCCUACCCAGUCGAAAAGCACGUACCCAUCAAGGUUGAGAAAACCGUGACCGUCCAUGUACCCCAACCAUACCCCGUCAAAAUCCCAGUAUACAAAACCAUCCAUCACAAAGGUCACCACUACCAU